GUGGGGGAAUGUUUACAUUUUCUUCAGAGCGUUAAAAAUGAAUCCUCCGAUGAUCAACUCGACCAGCUCCGUUUCGACGACCAAAAGUAAGAAUCCUUUAAGCCACCGACAUGUUUAUAUUGUUGUAAACAGGCAGCAGAGAGUCAGUUAGACAAACACAGUAGCUAUAGGUUAGCUAACUGUUAGCAGCUAACAUUAGCUGUGUUUGUGACAAGGAGCAGAGUUAGCUUCCUGGUUAUUAAGCUGUUGAACCAUUCGUUCGCUAAAUAUGCUAUUUGCACAAUGACAUCAUGAGUGUUUAAGUGUUAUAUUAGUCUAGUAUUGUCCCUUAUGUAUCUGAAUUAGCUUUCCGGCUAACCUUCCAACUUUUCAUAUGGAAGUUGUCGCACUGUAACGUUCAGUUUGAGCCAACAGCUUGUUAUCUGGCUAAUUAGCAAACAUGAGUAACGUGAGAACAUGAUCUCUGCCAGAGAGGGACAUGAAUACAUGUUUCUGAAUCCAGCCAGGGUUUAUGACACUAUUAUAAACUAUGUUAUGUUAUUAAAGCUAGUUUAUAAGUUUGUAGGUACGUUUAGUUCCUAACUUCUGCAAUUCAUGCACACUGUGUUAUGAAUGUGAAUCUAUCUCAAGUAGCCUUUAUUUCCCUGCAGAAUUAUGUGUCAUGAUGAGCAAACUCCAUGUAACUAUACUACCACACUUCUAAAUUAAAGCUGCUAUGGACUGAAUUCCUUUUUUCCGAGUUAUGUAUCAUCGUUACCUAAAAUCUGUGUACAUGUUUGGCUGAGUUGAUCACCUGCAUACUUCUGGUAUGAGGUCACAUAGUUGGAUGUAGAGAAUGAUUAAGGAUGCCUGCUGUGUGCAUGGCUGCUACUCUGCUGUGGUUGUUACAUCUCGAACAGUUCAGACCAAUGCAGUAAUAGAGAGCCGAUGUAUCGUGGCAUCACACUGGAAGGUGUUUCUAAUAUUUCCCACCUCUUGUAUGUCAGUGAGGAUGGAGUAAUUAUUUAUAAAGUAACACCUCUCAGUAUAUAUCGCAGUAUAGUUCAAUAGCACCACAAACUGCAGCUGAAUGUAGUUUUAUACCAGCGAUGAGUAACAUCUGCACACUGACUGGAAUCAAUUUGAUUUGAUUAAAUGUGUGGUUUGGAGUCGGUGUGUAGGUAUUACUUUUUCAUGGAGUUUGUUUUCCAACAUUGCACCUACAGGUGUUGUGUUUAUUAAUGCUCCGUCUUCUAUUGUUGCACGAAACCUCAGAUUACGGCGGAAAAUCCCUUUUCAGGAAGUGAUCCUUUUGCUAAUUCAAAUUCAAAAAGUGUCAGCGUUGUAGCACAUGUCCAUUUAAUGAUGCCUGUCAUGAACUCCAUAACCCCCGACCACCAGCUCUGCUCUGUGACGUUGCAGACUGUUUUCAUCUGUGUGUCUGUAUGCGCAGGAAAACGAGAAGCCGAGCGCUCCGUUAACUGGACGGUGGAGGAAACUCAGGUGCUGCUGUGCGCCUGGAGCGACGAGCGCAUCCAGAAGAGUCUGGCAGAGAACCUGCGCAACCGGCACGUCUUCAAACACCUCUCGACCCGCAUGAGUGAAAUGGGCUUCUCUCGGAGUCCACACCAGUGCCGGCUUCGAGUCAAGACUCUGAAGGCCAACUAUGUGAGAGCCAAACUGCAGAGGAGUAUCGACGGCUCGCAGCCUUGCAUUUUCAGAUAUUUUGCAGAGAUGGAUGCGGUGUUGGGCCGCAGGUCAGCGGGAGGGUCUUAUUUUGUUCCUCCAGAGCGGAUGGCGACGCAUCGCCCUGACUCCAUUGACAGGACAGGAAGUAUCCCGCCAGAUUUAAACUCUAAUGUCGAGAUUAGUGAACACCAUUUUGGUUCUUUGGAGAGGGCGGGAAGACAGUGUUUGAGCUCCUUUGAGGAGAAGGGAGGCCAUCAGACGUGGCAGCUCGACUCUGAAGUCAAGUUGGAGGACAGAGAAGAUUCAACGGACGAGUACGAGUUCAGCAAUUCAGGAUUCCCACAGCGACACGAUGCAAUCUAUCUGGAAUCAUCCAUCCAUCGGGAAAUGACUGGUCCACAAGUGGAGAACAGCUUGAGGACUCCUUCCCCACAUGUCGUACCACCUCCACCUCCAGCUGCUCCCCCUCUUCCCCAAUCCGCUGCCUCUCCUCUCCCUGCACCUCCACAUCCAAUCCCCAACACGCUCCCCGCCUGUGCUCCUCAUCACCCGGAGUCCUGCCUCGAGCACCUGUCGGAGGGCUUCCAGCGGCUGGCGUCAGAGACGCGGGGCCUGCUGUCGCAGCUGGAGAGCCAGCGGCAGGAGCAGGCUCGCUGGCAUCAGGAUCUCCUGGCACAGUGGCUGGAGAGGGAGGAGCGCCGGCAGAGGGAGGCGGCCGAGAGGGAGGAGAGGAGGGAGAAAGCUCGCAUGGAGCACGAGAUCAGGGUCCUGGAGCUCCUCACCGGUCUAGCCAGAGAACAGAGGUGUAACUGUGCAGGCAGCCAGACCGUUGCAGAGGCACCAGCUGGUCCGAAUUAUACCAUGAACAAAGGAGGAAACUAGGAUGAACCAACACCAAGGAUAUAUUUUAACCCAAAGUGUGGAAGAGUAUUCAAGCUCAGGUGGAACCAAAUGACGCAGAAACAGUGUCUUCAGGGCGGCUGGGAUGAAGCCUUUAUCCUGAGCGAUACGGAGGGAAAUCUAAUCAAAACCAAAUUCAGGAAAAUACUCAAAAUCUCAAGAGUCUGUGAGGAAGAUGAUUGCUCGAAGAAAUUACAGUUGAAGUGUGGAGAAGAUUUCUUAGGUGUCCCUUGAUUGCACCAAAUGUAAUGGAAACUGUUUCAUGCACUUUUAUAUAAAUUAAAAAGACAAGAUAUUUUCAACCA